AUGAGUGUCAUCGACAUUCUCACCAGAGUUGAUUCCAUUUGUAGAAAGUACGACAAAUACGACGUCGAAAAGCAAAGGGAUUCCAAUAUCUCCGCCGAAGAUGCAUUCGCCAAACUCUACGCCUCCGUCGAUGCCGACAUCGAGGCCUUACUUCAGAAAGCAGAAACAGCUUCCAAGGAGAAAAGUAAGGCGUCCACUGUAGCGAUCAAUGCCGAGAUUCGUCGUACUAAGGCUAGGUUGUUGGACGAGGUUCCCAAACUGCAGAGAUUGGCAAUGAAAAAGGUAAAGGGGCUUUCAUCGCAAGAAUUUGCUGCCCGUAAUGAUUUGGUUCUUGCUUUGCCAGAUAGGAUUCAAGCUAUCCCAGAUAGGACCCCUGCAGAACCCAAACAAAGGGGAAGUUGGGCAGCUUCUGCCUCACGGCCUGGAAUUAAAUUUGAUUCAAAUGGACAAUUUGAUGAUGGGUACUUCCAACAAACUGAAGAAUCAAAUCAAUUUAGGCAGGAGUAUGAAAUGCGUAAAAUGAAACAGGAUCAAGGUUUGGAUAUAAUCGCAGAAGGAUUGGAUACUUUGAAAAACAUGGCACAUGAUAUGAAUGAGGAACUAGAUAGACAAGUACCACUUAUGGAUGAGAUUGAUGCUAAGGUGGACAAGGCAUCUUCCGACCUUAAAAAUACCAAUGUUAGACUCAGAGACACAGUGAACCAGCUUCGGUCCAGUCGAAACUUUUGUAUAGAUAUUGUUUUGUUGAUUAUAAUUUUGGGAAUUGCUGCCUAUUUGUACAAUGUGCUAAAGAAAUGA